UUCAGUUCUCUCUGACUCUUUGACCAGUGAAAACUCAAAUUAAAAACUGAUCCAAGAUAAAGUCUAGUGCUCUAAUCCUAAAUUUAUUGAGACGUUAAAAUUUGUACAAUAUUCCACACCAGGACAAACGGUCUCUCAUAGUCGUCAAUAGUUAAUUAGAUUUGUCUUGAAUGAAUAAUGUUUUCUCGUGGUUGUUUUAUCGUGAAAUGUCUGUGUAACAGCUGCAAGGGAAUUGAAGGUAGUAUUUACGUUGGAAACGAGUGAAGAUCGGCGUUUUGUGGGACUGCCAGAUGUUGAUAACGAAGUAAACUUCUUUGCUAUCUACACAUGACCCUAAAAAGUUGAUUACAGAGGAAUAAACGAAAUUGAGAUAUUUAGGAAAUUGAAUUAAUAACGAAGUCACAUCUUUAUUUUUUCCUUUAAAAAAAACUGAUAAAACAUCAAUUUCGUCAUGGCGGGCAAGAUGAAAAAAUUUCUAUCAAGCAAGGAAACGCGGGACUGGCUCAUGAGCACUCACUUUUGGGGACCAGUAAUGAAUUGGAUGAUACCACUGGCUGCUAUUGCCGAUACACAAAAAAGUCCGAGUAUCAUUAGUGGAAAAAUGACUCUAGCACUGACUUUGUAUUCACUAGUUUUCAUGAGAUUCGCUUUCAAAGUUCAACCGAGGAAUAUGUUGUUGUUUUCGUGUCACUUCACGAAUAUGGGAGCACAAUUAACGCAAGGAGCGAGAUUCAUAGAUUAUCAUUAUUUGGAACCCAAAAAAUCGAAGGAUAAUUGAUUUCUAUUUUUAGAUUUAUCAUUAACAGAUUAAAUAAUUCAUUAAAGAUCGCAUUAUUUUCAUA